UCAAAAAGCAGUCUUCGCCACCAUUUAACUAAACACCCCGAAGAAAUGGCACAAUUACUGGAAUUUGAGGAAACUGAAAACAAAAAUAAAAUUUUGCGGACACCUAGAAGAGGCGUUAGAAAAUCGAUAAAAAUAAAUUCUAGUGGAGGGAGUACUUUAAAAACGGGAAGAAAAAAAUUGAAAGAUGAGGAUGAAGAGGAAGAUGAGGAUGAACCACAAACUAGUGAAAAUUCUCAAUGGGACAGAACAGGAAGUAUGACUAAACGAAUAGACGAAGCUAUAAUUCAAAUGAUUUGCACAGAUAUUUUCCCAUUGUCAAUUACAGACGGUCCUGGCUUUAGAAACUUUCUUAAAGUUGUUGCUCCUAAAUAUGUUCCAAAAAGUCGUUGGACACUUUCAAGAUCACAUUUACCCUCUUUAUAUGAAAAAAUUCGUUCACGUAUAAUUAAUCAAUUAGAAGAUGCCAAAUACAUUUCAAUUACAACGGACACUUGGGAUGGAGAUUGUAAUACAAAUACAACAAAAAAGGAAACAAGCGAUCAUACUUUACUUUCUGUUACGGCCCAUUUCAUCAAUAAACAAAUGGAACCUUCAUUUUGCGUUUUGGCUGCACGUGGAAUAA